CUCAGAGGUGAAACAUGGCGGGCGAAGGAUUGAACCGAAAGCUGGAUCUAAUUUCCAAGAUUUUGACUACUGGUGUUAUGAAGGCCCAAUGUGAAUCGCCAAAAAAGGGUGCGACUAUUUCUGAAGGGCAUGUGGUUGAACUCAUCAAAAGAUCUGAAACCGAAGAUCUCAGAGCAGUUUUUGAGAAGUAUGCAUCAAAAACAAGUGAUGGAGAAAAGUACAUGACAUACUCAGACCUGAUCCUUAAGUAUAUGCAACUUCUAGACUUGGAGAAUUAUGACCCCUACACUUUCAAUGUGUUUGCAUCCUGUGUGGACACCUCUAGAGAUGGACUUAUUUCCUUCUCUGAGUUCCAAGGCUUUGAAGCAUUGCUGUGUGCCCCAGAUGCCAUGUAUGCCCUGGCCUUUCAGAUUUUCGACCGCAACGGAAACGGUUUCAUUACUUGUGAUGAAUUUGAGGACAUCAUCAAACACACAACCCUACAUCAAUCAAUUCCUUUCAACUUUGAGAGUGACUUCAUGCAACUUCAUUUUGGUAAAGACAAAUCAAGGAAAGUAACUUACUCUGAGUUCACACAGCUUAUUCACGAUUUUCAUGAAGAACAUGCAUGGCAGGCUUUCAGACGAAGGGAUAAGAAUAAUAAUGGCUACAUCUCUGCCAAAGAUUUUGAAGAAAUUUUGCUUUCUUUAAAGUCUUAUCUUCUUACUCCCUUUGUUAGAGAAAACAUUAUCACAGUGAUUGUUGGAGAGGGACAUCAAAGACAGAUCAGCUACGCCUACUACACAGCUUUCAUUUCUCUUCUAAACAACAUUGAGCUCUGUAAGAGAAUUUACAUGGGAGCCACAAGAAGAGAUGAGACCAAACCGUUAUCAAAAGAGGAAUUUCUCUACCAAGCUCAAGAAUUCUCCCAAAUUACCCCCCUUGAAGUAGACAUCCUUUAUCAGCUUGUUUUUCUUCAGAACCAACAGAGGUCACAGCCUGACAAGCUGUUGCCCAGUAUGAUGACAUACGCUGACCUUGACAGGCUGUCCCCCAUGGAAGGGAGAGAAACACCUUUUAAAAUCCAGAUGCAGAUUGCUGAGCAAAAACUUCGUCUUGAACAGGGCCACACAGAGAGGACAAUGCUUCUACAAGUGGCAGAAAGUGCCUACAGAUUUGCCUUGGGUGCAGUGGCAGGAGCUACUGGUGCCACAGCAGUCUAUCCUAUAGAUCUGGUGAAGACAAGACUUCAGAAUCAAAGAUCUACUUCAUUUAUUGGAGAGCUCAUGUAUAAAAAUAGUAUAGAUUGUUUUAAAAAGGUUAUUAGGCAUGAGGGUAUCCUAGGGUUGUACCGUGGGUUGGCACCCCAGCUGGUUGGUGUGGCGCCAGAGAAAGCCAUCAAGCUGACCAUGAAUGAUCUCAUGCGUGACAAACUUCUCCAAAAAGAUGGCACGCUACCACUGUGGGCUGAAAUGGUGGCUGGUGGCACGGCUGGUGCUUCUCAAGUUGUGUUCACCAACCCACUGGAGAUUGUGAAGAUCCGCCUUCAGGUGGCUGGUGAAGUUGUUGGAAGGGCCAGGGUCAGUGCCCUUAGUGUGAUGAAAGAGCUGGGAUUCUUUGGUCUCUAUAAAGGAUCCAAAGCUUGCUUCCUUAGGGACAUCCCUUUCAGUGCCAUCUACUUCCCAGCCUAUGCACACAACAAAAAGUUUUUUGCUGAUGAGAAUGGGUACAACUCUCCUGGUAGUCUUUUACUCUCUGCCACAAUAGCUGGCAUGCCGGCAGCAUUCCUGCCCACCCCUGCUGAUGUGAUCAAGACAAGGCUACAGGUGGCUGCAAGGAAAGGACAGACAACUUACAAGGGUGUUAUAGACUGUGCUAAGAAAAUUUACGCAGAAGAAGGCAUGGGAGCAUUUUGGAAGGGAGCCCCAGCUCGAGUGUUCAGAUCUUCGCCCCAGUUUGGUGUGACUCUGCUAACAUAUGAGCUGUUACAGAGAGUGUUUUACAUUGAUUUUGGAGGAAACCGUCCUGAGGGAUCAGAGGCCAAGUCUGUCCAUCUGGAGGAAGUGCUGUCCCGUAACCCUGACCAUAUAGGCGGCUACCGCAUGGCUCUAGCAACCUUUGACGGCAUCGAGACUAAAUUUGGACUUAUGUUGCCGAAAUUCAGACCAUCAACUCCAGCUAAGCAUUAAUGAUCUUGAACCUAGUAUUAUCAUCUUUAACAAGUUUGUAAAAGGGUGUUCCUCCCAUAUUAGUACACUGUUUAUAUUGAAAGAUUACAAAGUAAGGUUUGAUUAUUUAACAUUACGGAAGCUGGGCGUGAAUAAUUUAUUUUAGACUGUAAAAAUUUUUUAAGGCAUCCAUUGUGUGUCUACCGAGUGAGAAUAUAUUUGGUAAUAAUAGAUUUAAGAAAUCUCUUUUGCGCCAUGUGAUAGAACGAAUGGAACCCUGCUAGUCCAUACACAGUCUUGAACUCAGAAUCAGAUUUUAUAUACGAAUAUACAUAGAACCAUAUGCAUAGUUUAUAUUGUAGACCUGUAGUGGGCUUAAUAAAAGGAAUGUAGGUUCAGUAACUAACCAGAGUGUGUGGGCAGCAGGGUAUGUCUGGGUAGUUGUUGAAAGAUAGGAAGAUUGUUAAUCACAAUGCAAACAGUUUGUAUGUAUGUUGCCUGACAUCAACUGAAUGUGUAUUUAAAUAUGUUUUUUUUAGUGGAAUAACAUACAAAUACUUCUAAAAGAAGAUGGCUGGGUUCUGAUUAUGUUGGAUGGUAUGUGAAUUUGUGAGUUUAUAUCUUUUAGGAAAAAAUAUGAACGCACAAAAUUAUAUUUUAAUUAUAUUUUUUUUGGUGUGACAUAUUUUUAACUCUUUAUAUAACUUAGGUAGUAACUAAUAAAUAAUUUUAAUUUUUUGAUAGCGUUUUGUGAGUGAGUAACAUACAUGACUAGAUCAACAGAAUAGUUGGAAAAAAAAAUACUAGACUGAAUUUUACUUUUCUAUUGACUGAGACCUAGGAUGUAUGCGCUUGAUUGCUGACAGUUAACAACUUUCUCUUGGUUCCUCAAGUCCCCAUGCACCUUCUCUAAUGUAUCUUUGUCACAUAGGGUAAACAGACUUCCUUGUUUUAGGAAACACAGCUUUUCUUUAUUUUAGAUGAAAAAUUGUAUAUUAAAAUUAAGUAGGUUUUUCAAAGCAGUUACAUUGUAUAAUUUGUCUAAUUAUGUUUUUAUCUUUUUUAUAAAUAAGUUUUUUCUGCAUGCUUUUCAACAUCUUAUUAAGUUAAAUUGAAAGUUGCCUUCAUUUAGAUGUUUUUUUUAUACCUUGAAUCUUGUGAGAAUUAACAUCCUUCUUUGUGCAGUAUCUCAGGAAAUUUUUCAAAAGCUCUGUAAUAACUUAUUCAAAUUAACCGUUUGUAUCAUUGAUAAAGAGUGCUACUAAUACAAAUUUUAAACUGUCUGUUAAGAAUUAUACAUCUUCAGUGACCUUUUUUUUUUACUGUAAAACAAUUUAAUUUUAUACAUGAAGUAAUUUAUAAGUGUAGAUGAAAAUUAAAAAUUAUAAUCAAUCUUAUUUUUGUUGUUGUAAAUAUAACAAUUUUAUUGUUAAACCUGAUCUCAUAGCAGUACCAUUUAGUUUUUGCUAUGAAUUUCUAAGUUUCUGUAUUGCUUUAACAAAAAGUAGUAAAAUGCUGGGGGGAGUAUUCAUCUUUCUAGUUUGUUAAAAAUGGUUACAGGGUUGUAAAAAAAAAAUCUUUGUUUCAUACCUUUUUUUAAUGUACAAUUUAAACAUAGUUGUCUUUUCUUUUGUUACAAAUUAUCAUCUCCCUUACUUAAUUAAAACAGGGUUGUCAUCAUUACCAGCUUACAAUUGGGAACUCGGUCUUAAUUAUUUUAAAAAUGGUUGAUGCUGAUUAUUUUAAAAAUCAAACAUAUUUGAUUAAAAAUUUUAUUUUACAUCCCCCCCCAUUCCUUUUUUUGAGAAGCAAUUAAACAUGAUCUUAAAAUACUCAGAACAUCACAAUAUUUUUCCAUAAUCUUAAUGCUAUAAUAAUAAUGCUAUUGAUUUUUAAAAAUAAAAUAUAAAUGACACAACUAUUAUACAGAAUGAUGGGUAUUUUUAAAAUUAUAAUGUUCUACAGUUGUCUAUUUUUACUGUCAAGUCAUGUAUUUUUUUUAAUGUAACUUCUACUCAGCUCAUUUAGUCCGUGCUGGUGUUAUUUUAUACAGUGUUUGCUGAAUCAUUUCUCUUCAGGUUAAAAAUUUUUUUUAUUGUACCAAGUGGAUAUUAGUGCUUGUGUUCAGUGUAGGUUGUUUUUUUUUUUUUUUGUUUGGCUAGAUGCUGAUCACCAGGCCCCCCGUCCAUGAUUGCGUUAUGCCAGUCCUUUUAACUUCAUUUCUUAAAAUCUGCGAGUCAUCAUUCUAAAAUCUGCCAGUGCUUAUUCAUUUGUCUCAGUUUAUGUUGAGUAUUCAUUUUUCUAUUUAUUUCAUUAGUAAACUUGUUGUUUUUUUUUUGUUUGUUCCACCAAUGUAAGAACCUUUGUCACGUACACUGUUAAUUUAAAUACACAUACGUUGGGUGGACCCGUAGUAGAGAGUUGUCUGAAUGCUGAGCUGAACGCAGUGUUUGGAUUGUAAUAAUUGAUUCAAUACUUGAGCUAUAAAUAAUCUCUAUAAUAAAUGGACUAAAAAU